GCGGAUAAGUGUUGACCCUCGAGAACCGCAAUAUCAUGGUAAAAUCUGUAUUUUUCAUAGUAGUGUGUUCCUUUAUAUAUUUGAACCAUGCAACACCUGUACAAGAAACCAAUCAGUAUUUGCCAUUUGAAAAUGCCAUUGAAGCACUCAAAGACAUUGACAUUGCAGAACAACUUACAAAAAUGUUCUUCAAAUGUCCCGAGCAAGCAUCGGCCAACGUAAUUGCAUUGAUGAACACCAAAAACUAUCCAAAAGUUUCUGACGUUUUGAAUGCUUUCAACGAAGCCUUCGACAUAAACUUAUUCAUAAUCGUCGAUGAUGAUAUUCAGCUAGACAUUAAAGCAUUUGAAAUAGUUUUGUACAGAAAUUACCAAGAGUACAUGAAUCCGUUUAAUUUAAAACAACCAGAAGAAGCGUUUUUGCUGUUCAAACAAGAAAUCAAAAUGGUCAGUGACGCUGUGCGGGAAGCUGAAAACAAAUUGCCAGUUGAAAGACUUGUAGCUACUUUAGAGGCACAAAGUCGUGCUACUGGCAUACGAGAGCGAUGGACUUUGAAGCCUACCUGUAAAUAUUUUGCUACUAAAAAUAUCCGGAAUAAUUUAAGUGAUGCUUCGAAAGCUUUAACAGUUUUACCAUUUGCAGAAAGCCAGAAUGGUAUUAGUUUUGUGCAUCGAGGUGUGGGAUUUUUAAAAGAAUUUUUAUCAUAUGCGGACGAUAUAGUUUCAUUAACUUCGAAUACAUGUCGUACAAAGAAAAUUCGUGCAGUUGAUGAAGAUAUUGAAUCUAAUGAGCAAUUAUUGACAACCAGAGGAGUCAUAUUGAUUAUCGAAGAUCUUAUGGGUUUGAUUUCGAGCAGCAUGAAUACAAUUUUGAUGUCAAUUUUGCACUCUAUUCGUGAGGCUGUGGAAACUGUUUUCAAUAAUAUAUUAGGCGUUAUAGUUUAUUUGCAAAAUAUUAUCAGUGCUGUUUAUCCUUGCACUUUUUGCACAAGUAAAAUUGAAUAA